AUGCGACUCACCGAUUCAACUCAGGAAAUGUCCGCCAUCCGAGAACUCACCGUACUUGGAGAGUUUAAGCCCUUUGGCUUGGUCGCCGAAGCCCUCGACGGUGGCAAGCCCGCUGACGAUAAUUACCAUUUCUUUCUCUUUGAUCUUAAUGUCACCAAACAACGUGAUGAAGCUGCAGAUGAGCUAGAAGCGUCGUCUAGUAACUGGAGUGAUCACGAGCUUUUUGUUAGAGGAAAUAGGAUAAUAUGGAGUAUAGGCUCGCGAGUGUACAAGAGGUUUACAUUACCAUCCAAAGUCAUAAAGACAUGCUGGUGCCGAAUGGGCGAUCUGUGUGAAUCCUUGUUAUGUGUUCUUCAAAUUGAUAGUUUAACUAUCUAUAGUACAACAGGUGAAGUGGUAUCUGUUCCACUUACUCAUACUGUUACCUCAAUAUGGCCUCUUCCUUUUGGUUUACUUCUCCAACAAGCCCCGGAGAGGAAUCCACUAACAAAUAUUACAUUGUUUUCUUCAAGCCCAUUUUUAAGUGCUCGUGAUGUCUUUCGUCCAAAAAGGGGCCUAGGAAACAGUCCUCAAAAUAAUUACACUCCAAUGAAUUCAUUUGAUUGUGGAACCAUUUCCUCUCAUUUGAUACUGAACGAUCCCUUGGAAGAUCCUCAGCUAACUUAUAUCGAGGAAAUGGGUAAGCUGAAUCCAAUGAGCAAAUUUGAUGAAGUAACAAUUUGGACGAGUGAUUCUAUUCCUCUGGUGGCAUCACACAAUAAAGGAAAGAUGAAACAUUCUUUGUGGGCCGUAGAAGUUCUCAACUCGAACAUUGGAGCGGUUCAUGUUAAGACAUCUGACUUAAUCCCUUCUAGGGUAUUAGCAAAGCAAUUUUCCUUUCGAAGAAUAUGGCAGGGGAAAGGUUCACACACCGCUGCUAGUAAGGUUUUUUUGGCUACUGACGAUGAUGUUGCACCUAUUAUAUGUUUUCUUCUCCAAGAACAAAAGAUGUUGUUGUCUGUGCGGCUUCAGUGUGUGGAAAUAAAUAAUGAGAUUGUCUAUGAUAUUAAACCUGACAUGAGCUGGAGCAUACCUGCAAUUGCUGCCGCACCUAUUAUUGUCACCCGUCCUAGAAUAAAAGUGGGACUACUUCCACUAGGAGAUAUCAUGACUUUGACUCCUGAAAACACCCUUCUUCUAUAUUCUGGAAAGCUAUGCCUAUGCCGAUAUGUUAUGCCCUCCUUUUUGGGUAGAGAUCAGCUUUUGAUUAAUCCGAAGCUUUCAGGAAACAAAACUACUAUCCGUGAUUUGAAAAUUGUUGGAUUGACUGAUGCUGUGGAAGGGCGAAUAAAUUUAAAUUUGAACAAUGGCCAGGUUUACAGAUGUGCAUUUCGACGUAGCCCUUCUUCUUCUCUAACUAAUGAUUGUAUCAAUGCAAUGGCUGAAGGGCUUAGUCCUUGUUUUUACAAUCACUUCCUAGUCCUUCUAUGGGGCGAUGGCAGUUCAGCUUAUCUAUCAAAGGCAGAUUCCAGUGCUGAUUCGGAAUGGGAGUCUUUUUGUAGUGUAAUAAUGCAAUUGUGCAGGAAGUCUAACUGUUCGUUUCAAAUAUCUUCAGAUUCAGCUUCACAUUCGUCAUGGGAGUUUCUUAUCAAAAGCAGAUAUCAUGACAAGUAUUAUAAACAUAACUUUAUAGCUGGUACUUUUUCUGGAUCAUCAUCUGGCAUGCAGGUGUCGAGUUCAGCUGGAGCGGUUUUAGGCUACCCCCAGAGAACUGAGGAAUCAUUCUACCUGAAAUUGCUGACAGAAACUUUGGAUUCACUGCAUGCAGUUUAUGAAACUUUGAAACUAGACAAUCUUCGCAAAAGGGAUUUGAGUCUUCUGGUAGUUCUAUUAUGCGAUGUUGCUGGUUUCUUGAAUGAAAAAAACUACUUGGAUCAUUAUAAACGUGAUUUUCCUGGACUUUUGAAAGGCUUUGAGGAGUCUAAGCUCUCAUUUUCUCCAAGGACACCUCCAAGUUUAUUCAGAUGGCUAGAAAAUUGUUUGCAGCAUGGAUGCAAUUCUGCUAGUACUAAAGAUCUUCCAUUUCUGAUCUGCAAAGAUGGAAGUUCUGUUGUAAACUGGGCCCGGAAGAUUGUUUCAUUCUAUAGCCUAUUGUGUGGAGCAGACGAAUCAGAAAAAAGGUUGUCGACUGGAGUUACCUGUAAUAUUGCAUCUGGGUUAUUUUAUACUCGUGAAGAGCUGACUGUUCUGGCAAUGGUUGGUGAAAAAUUUGGUUUGCAACAGUUGGACUUGCUGCCAGCUGGCAUCUCUCUUCCUCUGCGACAUGCAUUGGACAGGUGUCGUGAGUCUCCUCCAACAAAAUGGCCUGCAGCUGCUUACGUGCUCCUUGGCAGGGAAGAUUUGGCUUUAUUGUGUUCGACAGAUCCAAGCAAGAUUGUGGAACAGGAACGUCAUACGAAUUUAAAUUUGAUCUCUAUGUCUACACCUUACAUGUUGCAUCUGCAUCCAGUGACAAUACCUUCCUCAGUUUCUGAGACGCUUGAAUUGGAGAGUACAAAGCUGAAGGAUCUAGACUCUUUCGAUGAAUCAGUGACUGAUGGAAUGGAGCAUAUUUUCAACUCUAGCACACAGUUGCGCUAUGGUCGUGAUAUGCGGCUAAAUGAGGUGAGACGUCUUUUGUGUUCUGCAAAACCUGUAGCAAUACAAACUCCUGUUAACCCUAUGGCUUCUGAUCAGGACCUCCAACAGACUCAGCUCUGGCAUCUUGCUCAAAGAACUACUACUCUUCCUUUCGGUCGUGGGGCAUUUACACUGGGCACAAUAUGUACCCUUUUAACUGAGGCUCUCACCGUUCCAAAACUUGUUUUGGCUGGUCGGUUGCCUGCACAGCAAAAUGCAACAGUUAAUUUAGACGCAAACAUUACAAACGUUCAAGACCUCAAGUGUUGGCCUGAAUUUCACAACGCAGUUGCUGCGGGCUUAAGAUUUGCUCCCCUUCAGGGAAAAAUGUCAAGAACAUGGAUACUUUAUAACAAACCUGAGGAGCCCAAUGUUAGUCAUGCGGGGCUUCUUCUUGCUUUGGGUUUACAUGGACAACUUCAUGUCUUGAAUAUUACUGAUGUAUACCAGUACUAUUCACAGGAACAUGAAAGUACUACUGUAGGAUUAAUGCUGGGCCUUGCAGCAUCAUACAGGGGAACCAUGCAGCCAGCAAUUUCAAAGUCUCUUUAUGUGCACCUACCAGCACGCCAUCCAUCUUCCUUCCCAGAAUUAGAAUUGCCAACCCUCAUACAGUCAGCAGCACUUUUGUCCAUCGGACUCCUUUACGAAGGAUCAGCACAUCCACAGACAAUGCAAGUUCUUCUGAGUGAAAUAGGCCGUCGAAGUGGAGGAGAUAAUGUCCUUGAACGGGAGGGUUAUGCAGUUUCAGCUGGAUUUUCACUCGGUCUUGUUGCCUUGGGUCGCGGCGAAAAUGCUCUUGGCUCUGAGGACCCCUUAAUUGAUCGCCUGUUUCAAUAUAUCAGUGGCAAAGAGCUUCAUAAUGACCGAUUACAUCUCUUUAAACCAUCUGUUGAUGAACACAAUCGAAGUGCAGGGCAGAUAAUGGAUGGGAGUCUGGUCAAUAUUGAUGUUACUGCACCUGGGGCAAUAAUUGCUCUUACUCUAAUUUACUUGAAGACAGAAUCAAAGAUGGUUGCAUCUCGGCUGCCUAUUCCGCAAACACAUUUUGAAUUACAACACGUGAGGCCUGAUUUUGUAAUGCUCUGUGUUAUUGCUCGGAAUUUGAUACAAUGGAGCAGAAUUUGUCCAUCGGAAGACUGGAUGCAGUCCCAGGUUCCUGAAGUUGUCCAAAAUGGCAUAGAAAGCCUUGAAAAUGAGAUGGAUGAUAUCUAUGAGAUGGACGCCGAAUCAUUUGUUCAGGCAUAUGUUAACAUAAUAGUUGGAGCAUGUAUUUCCCUUGGGUUGAGGUUUGCUGGUACAAGAGAUGAAAAUGCACAAGAGUUGCUGUAUAAAUAUGCUGUGUACUUCCUCAAUGAGAUAAAGCCUGUUUGUAUUUCUAGUGGGCAUAGUUUGCCCAAAGGAUUGUCUAAUUAUGUUGAUCGUGGAACAUUUGAAACCUGCCUUCAUCUCAUUGUUCUUUCCCUAUGUGUGGUAAUGGCUGGAUCUGGGCAUCUACAAACAUUCAGAUUGCUGAAGUUUCUUCGCACUCGAAACUCAGCUGAUGGACAUGCUAAUUUUGGUAAUCAAAUGGCAGUAAGUUUAGCCAUUGGUUUCUUGUUUCUUGGGGGUGGAAUGUGGACUUUUUCAACCAGUAACAGUUCUGUCGCUGCUUUGUUGAUAACACUUUAUCCACGCUUGCCAACUGGACCAAAUGACAAUCGAUGCCACCUUCAGGCAUUCAGGCAUUUGUAUGUUCUCGCAACAGAAGCACGUUGGAUUCAGACAGUUGAUGUAGAUACAGGUUUACCUGUUUAUGUUCCUCUUGAAGUUACCAUUCGAGAAACUGAACAUUAUGCUGAGACGAGUUAUUGUGAGGUCACCCCUUGCAGUCUCCCAGAACGUGCGAUUUUGAAGGCAGUUCGUGUUUGUGGUCCUCGAUACUGGCCUCAAAAUAUUGAGCUUUUCCCUGAGGAAAAACCUUGGUGGAGUUCUGCAGACAAGAAUCAUCCUUUCAAUUCUGGUGUUCUCUAUGUCAAGAGAAAAGUUGGAUCUUCUUCUUAUGUUGAUGAUCCCAUAGGAUGCCAAUCACUACUGUCAAGAGCAAUACACAAGAUGAGUGGUUUGACGCGACUACGGUCCCACACUCCCAGUACCCAGUGUAUUGGUACAGUUACAGUCGAUCAAUUGGUCAGUACUUUCUCGUCAGACCCGAGCUUAAUUGCCUUCGCGCAACUCUUUUGUAACCCAUCCUCAAAUAACAUAUCCGACCAUGACUUUCAGGAGUUUUGCCUGCAAGUAUUGUUUGAGUGUGUGAGCAAAGACAGGCCAGCACUGUUACAGGUUUAUUUGUCAUUAUACACAACAAUUGAGUGUAUGGUGGAUUUGGUUACUGGUACAUAUAAUUCCGGUGAUUCACUUUUUCUCUCAAGUUUGAAGAUUGCAGUAGCCUACAAUGAAGCUCUGUUAAGUGGAAAAUUAACCUCUUCUGGAGGGGAAAUAGUGCAAUCCGCUUUUCUUGGGGCGCUUAGGAAGCGAGUUGAAGAGAUUUUGAACUUUUCUUUGGACUUGAGAACUGAUUUCUCUGCUUAUAUAAAUUCAGGGAGAUGGCCGACUGAAGAUUCCCAGGGAAAGAUGCCUGGGAUGAUUCUUUCGUGGUAUCUCCAAUGGUACGGCGUGCCCUCUGCACUUGACAUUAAAAAAGCUGCGGAGAAGAUCAAGCGCAUUAAGAUACGCUCAUCAGUUCCCUUGUUGCGGCUUGUGUUCCCUACAACUCACAUCGCUACCAUUGACCGGAUCAACAAUGUCUGGUUUUCUGAAGAAGAUUGA